GUACCAUCUAUCACUGAAGAAGAAGCGAGAGAAGCAUUGAUGGGUUAUGUAGCAGAACAUUGUUGUUACGGUAAAAAGGCAGCACAGGAAAUGACGUAUACAGAUUUACAAUCUACCAGCGCCUUCCAUUACACACUAGAAACGUUUGGAGAAGCACGGUCUACAGCGUGGGCUUAUGAGCCAUUUGUUGGUCAAAAUCUAGACGUUCCACAAAACGGUCCAGCACCGGGACCAUGGGAUAUACAAGUUCAAAUUCCUGCAAUGUUUAAAAAUGGUAAGGUUCAAAUAGAAGUACCACAUACUGCCGGAGUCAAACCUUGUCAUGAAUGCCAACAAACUGGUAGAGUACGAUGUUUUAGAUGCCAUGGUCGCGGGAGAUUAUUUUGUCAUCAUUGUAAUGGAAGUGGAAGUGAGACGUAUUAUGAAGAUGGUGAACGUAGACAUAGAUGUUGCUGUCAUUGCGAUGGUUCAGGUAGAAAACGGUGUUAUACUUGUGAUGGUUUUGGAACAAUCACCUGUCCAACCUGUCAAGGACGAUGUAGUUUGAAAUUCUUUAUCCAAUUGACUAUUAUUUGGACAAACCAUCUAGAAGAUCAUAUAGUGGAGAGAACUGCCUUACCCGAUGAACUAAUACGUGCAGUUUCUGGACAAAUUUCAUUUGAAGAAACUGUUCCCCGGGUUUGGCCAAUUACCCAUUUUCCUGAUAAUGAAGUCAAUAUUGCAUCAAAAAAUUUAGUAUCAAAACAUGCCGCAGCUUAUACCACAGAAAGAAUAGUAAUGCAGCGACAUCAAGUUCGAAUCAUUCCAGUAACUCAGGCAUUUUACAAAUGGAAAGACUCGCCCGCUGAUUAUUUUGUUUAUGGAUUUGAGAAGAAAGUGUACGCUCCUGAUUAUCCCCAGACGUGUUGUUGGGGAUGUUCGAUUCAAUAA